AGAAAUCAUCUCGACAUUUCGUCAAGGUUCUGCGUGUGUGUGUCUCGUGUGUAUGACAAAUCGGCGCAAUCGCUCGACUAAAUCGCACCAAAUCAUUCGUUUUCCAGUUCCAGUUCCAGUUCCAGUUCCAGUUGUGUGUUUUUCGGUGUCCUCAGUGAAAAUCAAAUUGAAGAUGUUGGAACGCGAGGGAGGCGACAUCACCUAUUCGGACAUGGUGCACCACGACGAACCGAGUGAUAUUCAACAGUUUUACGAAAACUCCACCGUCUUCGUCACCGGAGCGACCGGCUUCAUCGGGAGAUUGGUGGUCGAGAAACUCCUCCGUGUCGUCGACAACAUCAAAAUCUACAUCCUCGUUCGGCCGAAGAAGGGCAAGGAAAUCGAAAAGAGACUUGAGGAAAUCUUCAACGAACCGUGCUUUGAGCCGCUGAAAAGGAAGCGUCCGGACUUCGCCAACAAAGUGUUCGCAAUACCAGGCGACUGUUCCGAACCGGAUGUAGGCCUGAACCCGGACGACAAACGGAAGCUGGUCGCGGAAGUGAACUACGUAAUUCACUGCGCCGCGACGGUCCGCUUCGACGAGAAACUGAAGACGGCGACGUGUAUAAACGUGAGGGCAGUGCGUGACCUGUUGCGGAUGUCGAGGGCGAUGAAGAACCUGAGGGCCAUCGUCUACAUGUCGACGGCCUUCUCCAAUUGCAUUCGUAAGGACAUCGACGAAAAGUUUUACACCCCUCCGCUGACCGGUGAGAAACUGUUGACGUUGGUCGAAUGUUUGGAGGAAGAAAAGUUGGACGAGAUCACACCGAUCUUGUUGGGCAAAUAUCCAAACACGUACGUGUUCACGAAAGCGAUCGCCGAAAACGUGGUCAAAGAAGAAGGGAAACAUUUGCCCAUAGGGAUCAUCAGACCUUCCAUCAUUAUCGGUUCGGUGAAAGAGCCAGUCUCCGGGUGGAUUGAUAAUUUUUACGGUGCCACUGGCAUUUUUAUGGGCGCCGCUUUGGGCUUGUUGCGUUCGAUUUACGGAAAGGGUGAAAAUCAUGCGGACAUGGUGCCUGCAGAUUAUGUAGUAAACGCUGCUCUGGCAGCCGUUUGGGACGUUGCCAACAAAAAAACACUGAACGCAAAUCAAGAAACGCAAAAUGAAGAGACCAAGGAAGACAAACAAAUACCGAUUUACAAUUACGUGUGCACGCCUGAAAGGCCGAUAACUUGGAACAACUUCAAGGAGCUGAGCGAAAAACACUCGAAACAAAUUCCAUCGGAGAUGAUUCUGUGGCAUUACUUUUUCGCAAUCAGACCGAAUUUGUUCCUGCACACGUUGGCGGUGUUCUUUUUCCAAACAAUACCGGCGCACAUAAUCGAUUUCGCAGCCGUUUGCAUCGGUAAAAAACCUCUUCUGGUGAAAGGUUACCAAAAAAUCAACAAAUUCUCGAACGUCAUCUCUUACUUUUGCCUUCGCGAGUGGGACUUCAAAAACUGCAACACACAGCGACUGUGGAAGACGAUGAAGAAACCGGACCGCGACUUGUUCGAAUUCACCAUGAAAAAUCUGUCGUGGGACGCGUACUUUUACACGUACGUCCGAGGCGCUCGGGUUUAUCUGCUCAAGGAUCCACUGGAAACGAUUCCUAAAGGAUACGUUAAACUAUACAAAGUUAUGGUUGCGCAUUAUUGUCUAGUCGGCGUUUUCAUUCUUAUUGGACUCAAAUUACUCAUGAUGAUUAUUAAUUAUGUGCUGUUGUAAUUUGUUAAACUAGAUUUAAAAUGAUUUUGUAAAUAACAUAAGAAUUCAGUUUUUGUAUAAAUAUUAAUAAGAUGGAUUAUUUAAACGGACUUUCG